AUGUCCACCCCGGUCUCCCCCUCCCCAUCGCUCUCUCCGCUCACCCUGGCCUCCUCCCCGUCCUCGGCCAACUCCACGGGCUCCUCUCCCCUGCCCUCGCCCCUGUCCCCCCCGCCCAGGGUGCCCGUGUUCCAGAGGAAGGGCGCCCUGAAGCACAAGCGCAUCGUGGAGGUGAAGGACCACCAGUUCACCGCCCGCUUCUUCAAGCAGCCCACCUUCUGCAGCCACUGCACCGACUUUAUCUGGGGUAUUGGCAAACAGGGAUUUCAAUGUCAAGUCUGCAGCUUCGUUGUCCACAAACGCUGUCACGAGUUUGUGACCUUCACGUGUCCCGGCUCCGUGACUGCUCCCGUACAGGACGUCAUGAAGACUCAGCACAUGUUUAAGGUGCAGACGUACUCCAGCCCCACCUUCUGUGACCACUGUGGCUCGCUCCUCUACGGCCUCAUACACCAGGGCAUGAGAUGCUCCUGCUGUGAGAUGAACGUGCACCGGCGCUGCGAGACCAGUGUUCCCAGUCUGUGUGGACAGGACCACACUGAGAAGAGAGGACGCAUCCACCUGACCGUCCGCGGAGAGAACGAGGAGAUCUUCGUCACAGUUGGGGAAGCCCGCAACCUGAUGCCGAUGGACCCCAAUGGCCUGUCGGACCCCUACGUGAAGCUCAAGCUGAUCCCGGACCCCAAGAGCCACAGCAAGCAGAAGACCAAGACCAUCCGCUCAACCCUGAACCCCAUCUGGAACGAGAGCUUUGUGUUCUCGGUGCGCGGCAACCAGUGGGACCGGCGUCUGUCCGUGGAGGUGUGGGACUGGGACCGCACGUCCCGCAAUGACUUCAUGGGGGCGCUGUCCUUCGGCGUGAGCGAGAUCUUCCGGCGCUCGGUCAGCGGCUGGUACAAACUGCUGGCCCAGGAUGAGGGGGAGUACUACAACAUCCCCGUCCCGGACCCCGACCUGGAGCAACCCCUCCCACCGUCACCAGCUCUGUCCCCCGGCGCGCUCCCUUCCCAGCUGCCCGAGGCCUUCUUCCCGUACCCCCGGCCACCGCCCCGCCCACCUGCCCACGCCCCCGGUCCCAGCAAGACCAAGGUGGGCAUCCAGGACUUCAACUUCCUCAUGGUGCUGGGCAAAGGAAGCUUCGGCAAG